GCUGGCGGGGAGGGGCGUGAACAGCAGUACUCACCUGUCGCCGCCUGCACGUGAACUAUAAAGUCUAACGGACCCUGCGUGCGAGCGACUGUAAACGCACGACGUCGCGGCAGUGAGCAUCAGCGCGCAGCAGAUCUCAUUCGAGACGAUCCGAUUUUACCGGACAUUUACAGAUUGCACAGAAGCACCGUCGUCAUGCAAACGGACCUCUUAUACACGGACGCUCGCGCGAUGGACGCGUCGAGUUUACAGCAAGCGCAUCAAUACAGGCCGCUACGGACGAGCAGGGACAACGACUCGUCGCGAUGCAGGAGACCGAGCGAAGGAGCGAAGCAGCAGAAGGUGGCGCCGCGCUCGCUGUCGCGUCGCAACCAGCGCGAGCGCAAUCGCGUGAAGCUGCUCAACACGGCGUUCGGGUCGCUGCGCGACCACGUGCCGGACGGAGAGAACAAUAAGAAGCUGAGCAAGGCCGACACGCUCAAGUCGGCCAUCGACUACAUCGGCGAGCUGCAGCAGCUGCUGCACGACGUGCAGCGCUACGACGCGGCGACCGCCGCCGCGACGUACGGCGACGGCGGACUCGCGCUCUCCGCGUACCUGCCCGCGUCAUCAGCAUCGUCACCGUACUCGAGCGCGUCGCCGUCCGUAUUUUCGAUGACGUCACCAGGCGACUACUCGGCGACGUCGCCGGGAGCGUAUUCGGCCGUCCCGUAUUCGGCAUCGUCAUCGUCGCCGUACGCUGCGCCUGCCGUCGUUCACGUGCCGGCAUCGCCAUCGGCGUCGUACGCUGCCGCCGGCUACUACCAGGAUGACGGCAGAUUGGCGGCGCUCAGCACAGGCUCGGCUUCCCCCACCGAGCUGUCGGACACGGGCUGCGGAGACGCGGGGGUGAGUCCGGGACGGGAAGGAGCAAUGCCCUUCAACCACUGGCUGCUGUGAACCUGAUACAGAGGAACUGCUGCCGAUUCUAGUCAACACAAGUCAACGACGUACCAUUCCACCGCCGCUGCUGUUCAACCAUCUUACGUUGCGCUCGAUAAAUACUUCAUUAUUAACAAGUCAGCAGACGUGUAAAGACGACUCGAUCCUGAUGGGGGGUUGCGAUCACCUCACGCGAGGGCAAGCACGUGGAGCAAGCACCCCGGCACGUACGGGUCAAAGCUCGCCAACCCCAGCGUUCAGCCGACUAUCGCAUCUGCUCAAAAGUACAAGCUCCUACGGAUGUUCAACACUGAUAGACAACCUCGAUGCUGACUAAAGACAACGUAGGACAUAUAGCAUGUGAUUCAGCAUGUGAUAAUGGCCGAAAUAUGUCCGUCGAUCUUUUAAAGUAUCAAGAGAAGGCACUCUGCCUAUACGUCUGUAGAAGUGAUACUUGCGAUUUAAUGUGGGAUUGUUACUUAAACAGUUUUAUUCAAGAUUAAAGCGUAUUAUUUUUCGAGCGCUUGUACGCUAAGACAUACUGAGCAAAUGACCAAGAAAUAUCAGUUCGCUACACAUCUUUCGCGCAUGGCCUGCGGUUAAAUUUGGACGUUGACCAUUCAUAUAAUAUCGAUGGCACACGGGUAAAUAGUGCGUUGACUUGACAAUCUAUUGCCCAACACGCAAAACCGACGCUAUCGUUAUUAGUUAUGCAGCUAAUAAUUAUUACGUUAUAAUCAAUUCGAUAGAGCGAUAGAUGAUUUCGCCCGAGGAUCUUGUAGGAAUGCUAGAUAUUUCUCCUUUAUAUUUAUACUAUGACAAUACCUGUGUACUGCAUAUUUUAUAAGUAUUGGGCCUGUAGAUAACGUAUUUGACGAGAAUAGAUAUGCAGGUAUAUAAGAUUUUAGUUUUAGUUUCAUACAGCGCUAGAAGCUGCCAUGACAUGAUGGGUGGAGUAGCUAUUAUUUUGUUUGAUUCAUUAAAUAAGUAAUCGUAAAUUCACUUACUCAAUGUUUAAUUCAUAUCUUAUUUCACGUAAUGCAGUGCAAAUAAUAGACCAAUCGUGUACAUAAUUUUGCCUUUUUGUUGUAUCAUAUACUUUAUACUUUAAAUAUAUUAAUCAUAUAUAUUAAAAACGAUUUUUCAUAAAACAUC